UGUUGUUUGGUCGCGGCAAACGGGGCGCACGAAUCGCAGCAGCAGCGCAACGGAAUCGAGCGACGCGUCGCGGUUUUAAAUAUAUUCACAACAAUGGGUGCGCGUGUGUGUGUGUAUCGGCGUGCGUGUAUGGACAUUGGGCCAAAGCGAUUCCAGUUGUUGCAUUAACCAAAAACAACGCCCAAAUAAAUAUAUAUUUAAAUUUGACCACAGAGAAAAAAUAAAAACAACAACAGGCGGAAAUCAACAGCAGCCGCAGCCAAGUUUAAGUGUUUGGCGAGUGUGCGAGUGUGUGUGUGUGUGUGUGCUAGCGUGUGUGCGGUUUUUUGUGUAGCAUACGUCACAGGCGCCAAUAAGUCCCAACUUGCAAAAGGCGCUGCCUACUUCCAGGCGGCCGCACAAAUAUAAAUAAAAUUUAAAGCCCGAAAAGAAGAAUAAAUAAAAGCACCAAAAAAAUACAAAUGAAAAUUUAGCAAAAAUUAAAUGCUUUGUGUUAAGCGUGUUAAAUCCAAGUGCUUUGCUAAACAGUGUCGAAAAAGAAAUAAAUAACUAGCAUACCGAACACAUUCCAACAUAGAAAACAGUGCUGCACAACGGAGGACAGCCAGGAUUCGGCACUUAAACACGUCUAUAAAACGCCAUGUGGCAGCAGCUGCUUGAGAAGCCAACGGCGGCAACGUUGAGCACGUGAGAGCCUUGAAAAAAUGUCCGCUUGCAUGACAAUUGUAGCGUGCAGGCAUUCAGACAACGCAGCAGACAGCGCAGUUGAGCGCAGCGUACGUGAAGUGUGUGCCAAGAACUUGGGCCAAGAGCAGAAACAGCAGCAGCAGCAGGAGCUGCAGACGUGGCAAGGACACUAACCCACAUGCAGCAUAGAGCACAGGGCUUAGCACCUGCAGCGGUGUGCAGACAGAAGAGCAACGCACGGAAUAACUAAUUCGCUGCAGCAGCCAUUGAAACGAAAUAAAAAUAAACAAUAAUUCGAGCGAAAGUCCUUACAAAAUAAAAAAACAACAAGAAGCAAGCGGUUAAAACAGUAAAACAAGAAAUAAGGUCACGCCACAAACAGUGCUGUUGCGGUCAAUUAUACGACAACAGCAACAGACAGCAGCAGCAGCAACAACAAGUACUUUAACGACAGCAACAACAUUGCAACAACGCCAUUUUGACCAAUAUUAAUAAUGGUAAUGUUGCUGCAAUUGAAGCGACAACUGCCGCCAGCAGCAGCUGCAACAACACUCUCCAGAGCAAGAAGAAAACCAUGUGGCAACACAACUGACACUCGGCUGUUGCUGCUUAUGUUGCUGUUGUGCUGUGAAUGCCGCAGCAGCAGCAGCGCUGGCAUCAGCUACAGCAAUAGCUCGGCCAAUCGCAGCGUGGCGAGCGGCAACAGCGGCGGCCUCGUAUUGAUCGGCUCCAGCACCGCCACAGGCAGCACUGGCGCCACUACGAAUACGGCCACAGCCAGCGCGGUGCCCUCAUUAUCGCUCACUUCAUCAUCCUCGGCCGCCUCAUCCUAUGCCACAUCGACUAGCAGCAGCAGCAGCGCUAGCAGUGGCACCGGCACCGGCAGUGGCAACGGCAUUGGCAGCAGCGGUGGCAGCAGUUCAUCAUCGGCCACGGCGAGCAGCAACCGCAGCAGUCGACUAACUAGCAGCAGCAGCAGCAGCGGCUCCAGCAACAGCAACAACAACAACAAUAACAACAUAAACCAUGAUCAAUUACCCGCACAGCUCUCAUCGCGCAUCAUUCACACACGCAAUGGCGCCAUCUCGGGCGUAAUUGUCCAAUUAGAUGGGCGGCAUUUGGAUCCGGUUGAGGCGUAUCGCGGCAUACCCUACGCCUCGCCGCCCGUUGGCAAUUUACGUUUUAUGCCGCCCGUCUCAGCGGCCAUGUGGUCGGGCGUCAAAAAGGCGGACAGAUUCAGCCCAGUCUGUCCGCAACGCCUGCCGGACAUACACAAUGAAACCGCGGCGAUGGAGCGCAUGCCCAAGGGUCGCUUGGAGUAUCUGAAGCGUUUGCUGCCCUAUCUGCAAAAUCAAUCAGAGGAUUGUCUUUAUCUAAAUAUUUAUGUGCCCAUACAAGUGGGCUCCCGGGACGCAACGAGCAGUGGCAGCUCGACGAGUGGCAACUCUGGCAGCUCGUCAUCUACCACAUCGAGUGGUGGCCCGGCCAAGUAUCCGGUGCUGGUAUUUGUGCAUGGCGAAUCGUAUGAGUGGAACAGCGGCAAUCCAUAUGAUGGCUCCGUGCUGGCCAGCUAUGGACAAAUAUUGGUGGUAACCAUAAAUUAUCGCCUCGGAGUGCUCGGAUUUUUGAACGCCAACACGGAUCGCUAUUCAAAGCUGCCCGCUAAUUACGGCCUGAUGGACAUCAUUGCGGCCCUACACUGGCUGAAGGAGAACAUUGCGUCCUUUGGCGGGGAUCCGAAUAGCAUAACACUCGCCGGACACGGCACUGGUGCGGCCUGUGUGCAUUUUCUGAUUUCAUCCAUGGCCGUGCCGGAGGGACUGCUUUUUAAUCGGGCCAUGCUUAUGUCUGGCUCGGGACUGGCGCCCUGGUCCUUGGUCAGCAAUCCCGCCAAGUAUGCGGCCAUUGUGGCGCAUCACGUGAACUGCGCCUCGGACCUGCCGCAUGCUCAUCUGAUGAAGUGCCUGCGCGAGAAGACACUCGAGCAGCUGCUCAGUGUGCCCAUAAGAGCGCCAGAAUUUGGUUUCGCCUUUGGGCCCAGCAUCGAUGGCGUUGUCAUCGAUGGCGGCGACUAUGUGCCGCCACGCCCUGGCUCCCCGGCCGCCCAGGCACAGGCGCAGGCGUCGACCGCCGCCGGAAAUGGGCUGGGCGGCGAGGCGGGCAUCGCUGCAGCUGGCGGCUGGGGCACGCCCGGUCAACUGGAGAAUAUUGUAUUAAUGAGAAAAACAGCCAUUAACAAGUUGUCAAGAUACGACCUGAUGGCUGGCGUGACACGUGCCGAAUCCUUUUUCAGCUUCAAUUCCGGCGACGUGCAAUAUGGCAUCGAGGCAGAUCGACGCUCCAGAAUUUUAAAGGCCUACGUUCGCAACACGUACACAUUCCAUUUGAACGAGAUAUUCGCGACGAUUGUCAAUGAAUACACGGACUGGGAGAGACCGGUGCAGCAUCCAAUUAAUAUCCGCGAUGAAACCCUGGAGGCUCUGAGUGACGCUCAGGUGGUGGCACCAGCAGCACAAACUGUGGACUUACAUUCGGCAGAUCAUCGCAAUUCGUAUCUAUAUGUUUUCGACUAUCAGACGCGCUUCGGUGAUUAUCCACAGCGUCAGGGCUGCAUUCAUGGCGAGGACUUACCAUAUAUCUUUGGGGCACCACUCGUCGGUGGCUUAAAUCAUUUCACUCGGAACUAUACGAAAACCGAAAUCAGUCUAUCGGAGGUCGUUAUGUUUUACUGGUCCAACUUUGUGCGCUCCGGCAAUCCCAAUGAGCAAAUGGAAGCCGACCACGGCAGCCGACAGGAACGCAGUCGCUACAAGACCAUCGAAUGGACGGCCUACGAGAGUAUUCACAAAAAGUAUUUGAAUUUUGACACCAAGCCGAAACUAAAGAAUCACUAUCGCGCCCAUCGCCUCUCCUUCUGGUUGAAUCUGAUACCCGAUCUGCACAAGCCAGGCGGCGAUAAUGUGCCCGCUGCACAUCAUCAGCUGCAUGACGACGACGAUCUGGACAAUAACAUUGCCAGCGAUGCCUCCGUGAAGCCGCUCAAUCCCUCCUACACGUCGCGCGGCGCCAAUGCAGCGGCCAUGGGCAACUAUACGAUAUUCACAAAUCAGGUGUUCUCGCUGCUGAACCUGAGCUCACCCUCGUCGUCGCUGCAGCGCAAUGGCACACGCUACGGCGGCGGCAAAAUCUAUCCGGACGAUAUGCUGGAUGCGGAGCAUGCGGGCGGUGCGGCAAGUGCUUCGCAGGAUAGCGAUGGCUUUGCCGCCUACUCCACGGCGCUGAGUGUGACCAUAGCCAUUGGCUGCUCGCUGCUGAUACUCAAUGUGCUGAUCUUUGCGGGCGUCUACUAUCAGCGGGACAAGACGCGGCUGAGCGAGCCGCGCCCGCAGUCCAAGCUGAAGCGGCAGGAGAAUGGCCAGAUGCCCAACAACAUAUGCGGCGAUCUGGAAACGCUGACCAUACACGCGAAAAGCGAUCCGGCUACCAUAUUGUCGCAUCAUCAUGCUAUGCAGCAUCAUCAGCUGCCGCCGCCGGAAUUUGCGGACAUACCGCAUCGUGCACCGCCGCCGCCCAAGCACAUGAAAUCCUCCAUGCAGGAUGCCGGCCAGGGUGCGGUCGGUGGGAUGCUGCCGCCGCCACAUGCGCUGCAAGUGCUGGGCAAUCCAUGCGGCACGCUGACCAAAAAGAGCUGCAUGAAGCAAUCGCAGGCAGCACAGGCGCAACAACAUUCACCCGCCCAGCAGCACCAGCAGCAACAGCAGCACGUGGUGACCCAUCAGCAACAUAUGCAGAAUCAUCAUAAUCAAAGCAUGACCACGGUGCUGACCACGGCCAGCGGCCUGAUGCCAGUGCCCACGCCACCCACAGUGCCCGUGAUUGUGGCCACCACAACGCAGCAGCACUCGCAGCAGCAGCAACAGUCGCAGCAACAGCAGCAGCAACAGCAGCAGCAGCAACAUCCGCUGAUGGAUGAGCUGCGUGUGUGACAUUAAUUGACGGUGCGCUUCAAAUGUGAUCUAUAGGCAAAGAUCUGUAAGCGCACAGUCCACAAAACUGUUUCAAACUGCGUGUGCGAGUGUGUGUGUGAGUGAGUGAGUGUGUGAGUGUGUGAGUGUGUGAGUGUGUCUGCCUGCUGUUAGGUCAGUCAACUGUGUUACAUUUACUAACAGAGUUUGCUUUAACUUUGCUGCCCGCUGUGAAUGUUAAUCCACAUAUGUUAAAUAGUUGAUUUUAACAUGAAAUUUUAUUGUAUAUAAGCAAAGUGAGGUUAAGUUUAGAUGUUAUCACUUCUAAGACAAAAAGCAAAUAAUUUAAAUACUCGACAAAAUUCGUAAAACUAAUUUUGUUUUUAAUUUAUUUACGUUAUUAUUAUUUCCAUUAUAUACAGUUCUAUCUAGGACCAACUCACAGUCAGAGAAACUAUUUAACUAAAAUCUUGUGUUAAUUCGACAAAUGUUCACAAAUUGUAGCGCAAAAAAAAUAUUAUAAUAUAUAUAAAUAUAUGUAUGUAUAAAACCGAUAUAAAUGUUAUUCUUCCAAAGACUGAAUUCAAAUUGUGUAUGUGUGUAAAUAAUAAAAAGUCUAGCUAUAAAGCAACAACUAAUCCAACAACAAUUUUGAUUAAAAUAGCAUAAAAUAUACGCAAAAAUACAUUUCCAAAAUACUAACAAAUUGAUAUAUUUUGCUGUUUUUAUGUCAUGUACAAAAAUCGUUGGUCUGGGUUUUGAAAUUUUCUUGGUAUUGCUUAAAAUUUGAAACCCUUCUCGAAAGCAGCUUUCAAAAACCUAUGUAGCCAAUUCCAAUAGCAGAAACUAAAAAGCUUUCAAAAAUCAGAGAUGAAAAACAAAUAUUGUUAAUGGUAAUCCUGCAGCUACUUUGUUAUGUGCAUAACUGAACUACAUAAAUAUUUAUAUAGCUAUUAACUUUAAAUGCAUAUACUAAAUAUAAAACAAAAACAAAACAAAUAAAAACAAAAA